GCAAAAAAGAUCAUCUGUUACUUCAACCUAUGGAUUGACAUUAAAUUAGGGUUGUAAAGAAAAUAUGAAAAAGGACCAGAGGGGAGGUAACUAAACAACUGAAGAUCCUCUCGAUAUUUGCGAUCUUACGUUACCAAAACAAGACUCUCGUUCUUCUUGCAAUUUACAAGACUGCCACUUCUUCACUCUGCAUAAAGCUCCUCCCUUUUUGGCCUCUUCUCUUCCUCACACUACAGUGCCGUUCUUCUCUGAUAUCAGAUCACUAACUACGAGACAUUCCACCGGAAUUUCUCAUCUGAAUUCAGAGAAUUUCCGGGUAAUUCGAGGAAUGUCUGAGAACGAGGUUGUCCCUGACGAGUUUCGUUGCAACCGCUCCGAUGGGAAGCAAUGGCGGUGCAAGAGACGGGCUUUGGAAGGGAAGAAGAUGUGCGAGUCUCAUCACUCGCAGCUUAGUCAGAAGCGGAAUAAGCAGAAAGCUGCUGAGUCGAUGAAGCUCGAUAGAUCAAGGAAAGGAGACGAAGCGACGUCUUCAGGGAUCGAGCCAAGCGAAGGCGGAAUUAGGGCAAAGAGAUCGGGGAAAUCGAAGAAGAGGAAAGUAGUGAUGGGGGAAGCAGAGGCUGUUGACGAAGCUGUGAGGAAGAUGAAGCUGAAGAGAGGGGAUUUGCAGUUGGAUUUGAUAAGGAUGGUGUUGAAGAGAGAAGUCGAGAAGGACAAGAGAUUACCAAACAAGAAGAAGAGUAAGAAGAAGAAGAAGAAGAGCAAUAAAGGGUUUGGUGAUUUCGUUGGAGAAGAGUUAACGAGAGUUCUUCCUUAUGGCAUUAUGGCAAUUUCUCCACCGUCUCCGACUACAAGCAAUGUGUCAUCUCCUUGUGAUGUUAGAGUAGGGGAAGAACCGGUUUCGAUGAACAAGAGAAGAUUCAGGUCUAAGAACAUUGAACCUCUGCCUGUUGGGAAGUUGCAGGUGGUUCCUUUCAUGGAGAAUUUGGUUAAUUCAAGUAAGGAGAAGAAGAAGAGGUGCCAUUGGUGUGGAAUCAAAGGAUUUGGGAAUUUGAUUACUUGUUUGAGCUGUGAAAGAGAGUUCUUUUGCUUAGAUUGUAUUGAGAAAAGGAACAAGGGUUCAAAAGAAGAAGUUGAGAAAAAGUGUCCUGUAUGCCAUGGAUCAUGUAGGUGCAAGGCGUGCUCAAUCUCUAUGUCCGGAGUCACUGAAUGUAAGGACUCUCAGAGGGUCAGGAGUGAUAUUGACAGGGUUUUGCAUCUACAUUAUGCGGUGUGCUUGCUUCUUCCAGUACUCAAAGAAAUCAAUGCAGAAGACAGAGUAAAGGUCGAAAGUGAUGCAGAAGAGAAAGAGCCAAAUCCAGAUGAACCGCAAAUCCGUAGCUCUGAAUUGACCUCUGAUGAUCGACAGUUCUGGUGCUCACUCUUUUACCUUAUUGUUAUAUACUGUUAUAAGUGUUUGCAUAUUAUGCAAUCUGCUUUGAGUUUUUCUCUGACAAAUUCGUCGGGUAUCUGUCUGAGUAGCAGCAGUAACAACUCUGCCGUUGUGGAUUUGCCAAGAAUGUACACUCGUAGUUCCUCUGUUCUCAGGCUAAGUUCUGAUGAAGAUCAAAAUCAAGGGAGCUUUUCUGGAAAGGUUGGACCAGUCAAUUGCUUGAAUGGUAUGACAACUUGUAAGCCGCCUUUAUCUAAUGCUUGCGACCAAUCUCUAAAGAAAGCUCUAAUAGAUUGUAAAUGGAAAGAACUCAAAGGGUGCAGCAAUAAGCUUUCUUUGAGAAGCCUAUUCUCUCUGGAGGUGACAAGCAAGUUAGAGAUCAGUGCAGAGGAAAUAGUCAGUUGCUACGAGUUGCCUGAAAUCUUAGAUAGAUUCUCGGGGUGUCCGUUUUGUCUUGGAGUGGAAAAGCAACCUAGCAGUAGUGACAGCCAUUUGAAAGAAGCAUCCAGAAGAAGAGAAGACGCAACUAGUAACUUUUUGUACCACCCCACGGUGAUGGAGUUUCAAGAAAACAAUCUCGAACACUUUCAGACACACUGGAGUAAAGGACAUCCUGUAAUAGUUCGUAGUGUGUUAAAGGGUGGUUCAAGCCUAAAUUGGGAUCCGGUAGCUAUGUUCUGCAGCUAUCUUAUGAACAUCAAUAGUAAGACCGGUAAUACAACGAAUUGCAUGGAUUGGUUUGAGGUAGAAAUUGGGGUAAAUCAAACUUUCUUGGGGUCUUUUAGAGGAAAGGCUGAGACUAACACUUGUCAAGAGAGGCUGAAGCUGGAUGGAAGGCUUUCGUCUUCUUUGUUUAAAGAGCAGUUCCCACAUCAUUAUGCUGAAAUACUGAGAUUUUUACCAAUUCCCCAUUACAUGGAUCCAAAGCGCGGUCUACUUAAUGUCGCUGCUAACCUACCUGACACAAUACAAACACCCAGUCUAGAUCCAUGCCUCAAUAUUUCUUACAGGAGUGGUGAAGAACAUGCAAACCCUGGUUCUGUGAAGAAGUUAAGUUUCGAAACUUGUGACACGGUGGACAUCUUGCUACAUGUUACAGAAACAGCGGUCUCCACAAAACAGAUUUGUAGGAUAAGAAAUCUAAUGAAAAAUGUCGGGAGAGUAAAAUCUAAAAACUUAGAAAAGGGGAAGGAGAUCAGAUUUGGUAGGGGAAAGAAACAAGAUAGGCUUGAAGCUUCAUAUGCUCAGAGGGAUUGUUCGGGUGACUGUUCCAGUUCUGAUUCAGAAUCUUCACAACUCAGUUUAGGCGCUAAAUACAAAGCCAGUGAGUUUCAGGGAGAGGGAAGAGAAACUUGCAACGACUCUUGUGAAGAAGAAAGUCUAAGCAACUCUUAUGGUGCACAGUGGGAUGUAUUCCAGAAACAAGAUGUUUCUAAACUUCUUGAGUAUAUUAAGUGCCACUCUCUCGAGCUAGAACCCAUAGAUUCCAGCAAAACACCUGUGAGCCAUCCAUUACUUGAGCAGAGUUACUACCUUGAUGAGUAUCACAAAGCAAGGCUUAAGGAAGAGUUUGACGUUGAACCAUGGAGUUUUGAUCAAUGUGUCGGGGAAGCAGUCAUCGUCCCUGCUGGAUGUCCAUACCAAAAUAGAAAGAAUAAGUCUUGCGUAAACGCGGUUGUGAAUUUUCUUUCACCUGAGCACGUUACCGAAUCUAUCAAAGUAGUGGCCGAACUCAGUCAACUUCCCCAGAGCGUCAAAACGAAAGCAAACAAGAUUGAGGUGAAGAAAAUGGCGAUCCAUAAAGUCAGUGAAGCUGUUAGGGAAAUCCGGGAGCUCACAUCUUCAGAUUCAACAGCAGCAUCGAGAUUGUAACUAGAAGUAGAGGUACCAUUCUUGAUUCUUGACCAUUGAGAAUUGCACCAUUCUUCCGGGAACGAUUCAGCUCUUGAGUUACAGUUUCAAGGACUAGGAGAAUGUAAACAUAUAUAGAAAUGAACAAACAAGAACAAAGAGAACCAAAAGAGAAUUCAUUCACCAUUCAGAUUGUUGUUGGCUAAUGAAUAAUAAAAAGAAGCAUUGAUAUUGAAGUUUUUUUAAUAUAUUUCUGUAACACAUUUACACAUCUUAGCUUGUUAUUGGCAAAAUCUUAUGAUAUAUACGCAAUUUACAUAUGUUACAAAAGUGGGAAAUAUCUUGAUGUUACAAAAGUUUCUUGUCUAGAAUGGUUAUGACAAAAUCUAAUGAUAUAUACGCAAUUUAAUUACAAACAUUUUACUCGUUUAGGCUCAUUUUGUUCUAAGAACAAUCUUACCUUGUGCAUCUUCAUGCAUUAUCGGUAGGACUAUCUUUGGAGGCUGAAGCCUCCAGACUUUAGGAUCCUGAAACUGAUGUCCUAACUUAGCCAAUUUAUCAGCGGCUCGAUUCCCUUCUCUGUAAACAUGGCUCAACACGCACUUGCUAAGCCCAGGCAUAACCACAUUGAUGUAAUUCACAUGCUUUUUUGCCUCUUCACAUCUCAACCUCCCUCUCUUGGAGAUGAUAUCGACUAUGAUCUUGGCAUCUCCUUCGAGCCAUAGAUCCGUCCACCCGUUUUCUAGAACCAGCUCGAGCCCUCUUUUGAGGGCUGCGAAUUCUGCAACGGUGCUCGUGGCCUCCCCUAUGGAUUCUGAGUAUCCGAGGAGGAACUCGGCUUUGUGGUUCCUGAAUAUUCCUCCAAUGCUGGCUUGUCCUUGUCUUCUCGACCCGUCAAAGUUUAGCUUUGUCCAUCCAAUUUCAGGUUUCUUCCACACAACUUCGAUUGGUUGUUUAUGGUAGUUUCUGAUUAAGAAUAUGGUGGCUCGGGUUUGAAGCAAGCCUCGGAAUGUAGCCAUGUUUGAGAAAGCUAGCAUUGUGUUUUAAGUUGUUGGUAACUUCUCUCACAAGAGAUUUUAAGGAUUUAUUGGGGAUCUAAGCUUCGCGAGUGUCGUCUAAGAUGAACAUUAUCAUCACCAUUGAUGUCUGGAAAUGAAGGAUAAUGUAAUGGAAGGGUUUGUUAGGGAAAUGAUCCUUGCAAGGAAAGCAAAGAAUGAUCCUGGUUUUAAUUGAAGGGAAAGGGAAGGAACAUUAGCAGAAUUUAAUAAUUGUCAAAUAAUUAAUGAGAGUGGGUUUUGUCAGAUGAGGAAUGUUUUCAAG